AUGGAUAAAAUUAGAUUCAGUCCCAUAAAGUUAUGUGGAGAAUGUCAAUGGAGAAAGCUCCAUAAAAUUAUCCAUUUCUAUAACGAGAAACAACUAUCACAACUACUGGAUAACUGCCAGUCGGACACUCGCGUAAAGACAGUAAUAGCGGACAUCGAGUCGAGAGAUGGGACGGAAUUGAAGCGAUUAUGUGGUCUAAUGGUGUCGUCGGGUCUGAUCAGCGAAAUGGACACCGAUUCUGACGAUAUUAGCCAGAUUUUGAACAAUUUGUCAUUUGAAGAUGCAAUGUGUUGUAUGAUAUUGUUGGGAACGGGUAUGUUGACCGUUAAAAACGCCACUACUAUACAGAGCACAGAAUAUGGAGACGUAUACCCCAUGUCACGCAAACCCCGGGGCUAUUGCGUGAUCAUCGAUAACGAGUAUUUUGAAGAUAAAGAGUUGUCGACCAGGUUUGGCACUACAGCCGAUGUUAGUCUACUGACCGCUGUCUUCCACCAACUUUUCUUUGAUAUCAAACUCUAUAACAACAAAAGUGCGAAUCAAAUGAAAACACUUUUGGCGGACAUCGCGGCCGACAGCGCACUCGUAAGACACGACGCUCUGGCGGUUAUAAUGCUAUCGCACGGCGCGGACGAAGCCAUUUACGGCACGGAUGGGGUCACUGUUAACCUCAUGACUAUACUCGAGAUGUUUAAUAACGAGAACUGUCCACAACUUAUCGAUAAGCCUAAGAUGUUCUUCAUUAACGCCUGUAGGGGUGUCACAUUUAGCUUUGGUGCACGCAAAAACCUGGGAUCAAAUUUUACUCCACUACACACUAUAUCUAUAUCUAAUACGCCGAUACCUAAUUCUUUGGAAGCCGAUUAUGUUAUGCGUAAAAGCAAAACCGACCCUGGUACACGCAAGAGUUUGGGGCCGAAUUUGGCUGCAAUAGGCAAACCCUCUACCGCUCCCAUAGUUAGCACUUGGAGUGAUAUGUUUGUGUAUUUUUCAACCGUUGAGGGCUAUGUUUCAACCCGUAGUAUGUUUACGGGCUCGUGGUUUGCACACGAGUUGGCCAACUGUUUGGCCGAAUCGGCCCAUAGGGAACACCUCCACGACUUAGUGACCAUAGAAGUGGCCAAACGAGUCAGCGAUAGGAUUACCGAAAUAGAUGGCCGACCAAUGAAACAGGCAAUUGGAGCACAUAUCAAAGGCAGUGUUAAAAAGAUAAAAGGCCUAAAGAGCUAUCUCUUUGUGAGGAGCGGUCAGCGGCUGGAAAUAGGAGUCCACUUCUUGGGCACUGAUCUCUUCGAGCGUCCGGUGCUUCCAAACGGGCGGUUCCUUUGA